AUGUGGGCAAAGCUGACGACCGCGCUCAAGCCUCGUCAGGACUCCUCCUCUUCCUCGCAUGGCGAUGUUAUGGCUGGUGUCUACGAGCAGCAUCCAAAUCUUUCCGUUUUUCAGAACGAGCCUCAGCCCAGCCCACCACCAUCCCCCUCCAAGAGUCGUAUGGCCGUUUUCAAACGAAACACUAAAACAUACGACGAGUCACAAAGAGCACCCUCGCCAAUGAAACUUCCGGGAAUCACGAAAAAAGUCAAGUCCACUUUCGGUAUACAUGGCAAUUCGUCGCAACUCUCACUAGGCCCAUCGACACCUGGUCCUACCGAGCUUAGUCGUGUCGACUCACGCGACAUGAUGGCUCAAGCUGGCUCGCAGAGCAAGCGUCGGUCGUCUUUUAACCUCCUCAAACGUGGUUCUAUCGAUGAAUUGCGUUCCCCCCCUCCGGAGCAACUUCAAUCACCCACCAAUGCUGAUGAAUCCCGACCCUUCGACCCAGCCACUCCCUUUGAUGGCAAGACUGGUUCUGUGCGAUCCAUCCUUCGCGAUCGAAACACACCUGGGACUGGGCAGAAUGUCCGCUUUUUUUCACGAGACGCAUAUCGCGUUCUCAGUCCCAACCAGUCUAUGGAAAGCGAAUAUCAAUCCGGAUUGCCUGCCACGAAUAACGCUCUCAACACGAAUGAUCCAUUUCCUACUUCAAUCGACGUGGGCCAUAACUCUGCCCCACGGUUCGGGAGCUCAAACAAGUUAAACAAGUCGCGCCUAACGGUUGCUGAAAUCUUCUCUCCGGAGGUUGAUGCAGAAGCAAAGGCCGAAAUAAACAACUCGUCACUUGUUUCCGAGCUUCCACCUAUCCCCCCUCCCGACUUCAAUUUAUUUGAAGUCUCGCAAGACCUCGAAAUCCCCAUAUUACCUCCCCCCGGUCUUGGCUUCGAGGUUGACUUGAAUGAGGGUGGCAAGCCGUUGACAUCUACACCGUUCCGUGACAAGGGGAAAGGAAGAGCAUUUGACCAACAACACGAAGUGGACGAGUCCAUUUUCCAUGCCAAGGAGAAGAGUCCUCGAAUUCCCUCCGUCUUGCAUGACCGAAGCAAUUCAUUCAGUCUUGGCCAAACUCACUUCUAUUCGAUGGCCCAAAGCGACCUGACUGACUCGCCUGCACGUCGAGAAACUCCCGUUAGUGCCAGGUCAUCGCCACUGUCAGCCAAAGACAUUUCGACGGCCUCUGCUGCAUCCUCGCCCGGCACCAAAGGACGAGGUCGUUCUCUCAGUGACACUGUUUUCAUGUCCAUGCUGCGCUCACCUUCUCCCAAACAACCUGAAGCUGACAUCAAUGACGACUUGUCGUCUGAUCUCAUUGUUUAUAAUAACCAGCCAGGCGAGCCUGAUCCAUUCAGUGCUAAUGCCAACACGUAUUAUACUCCGCAAACCAUGAUCCCAACUACUCCGCCAGAGUCUCAAGCUGGCUCAUUCGAGGCCGAUCUACGAGCGCGAGAUGAGCUAGUGGAGGUGCUGGGGAAGAAGCUUGAGUCAGUCGAGCGCGAAGAGUCGAAGAAACGUGCGGUACUUAAACAAUGGAAGAAGAAGGUUCUUGAGCUUGAGCGUGCGUGUCGGCUGCUGGAGGAAGAAGUGGAUACUUCGCGACAAGAGAGUCUCGACAGGAGCGCGAUAGAUAUGGCCAGCAAUGUUGCUUUGGUGUCGUUGCACCAGCAGAUCGCCGAUCUAAGCAGGGAGAAGCAAAGUUGGGAACGCAAAGAAGGUCUAUUCCGCCAGGAAAUUCAAACUCUAGAGCUCAAGCUGAAGGAACGGGGCGACGACAUCGACAAACUGAAAGAAACUUUGUUGACACGUGAUGAGAGUGAACGGGAACUCAAGCUGGGUAUCAGUAUGGUGAAAGAGCAGAUGGAAAUGAUGGGAAACGUGAGCGUUGGUCUCAUUGACGAAACAGAGCUCCGAAAAAUUGCGGCUGGGGAAGGCGGAACGGCUGAAUCUGCUUGGGCCGAGGAAAAGCAUGAACUGAUGGUUGCUUUGGACAAGGAGAAGGAAGAGAAGGUCGAGCUAGCUGCAGAGGUUGAUGCAUACAAGCAACAACUAGACGCGCACGAUGAAAAACUCAAGAUCCUAAACCAGGAAUUAGAGGCUCAAUGGUCAAACACGGAACACCUCAACGAAAUGUUGGAGACUUGUGAAAUGACCAAGCGGCAGCUCGAAGCCGAACGCGAUGCGCAGAAAUCCGAACUUGAAGAGAUGAAUGAGCGGCUUGAGGGCAUGGAGGCAGAGUUGACAGAGGCCGACCAAAGAUUGAAUCAGGACGAUGCUGACUAUCAAGCACUUUGGGACGACCGCGAGGCUCUCCAAAAGGAGUACGAUGAGUUGUUUGCGCAAGUCAACGCCGACGAGAAGCAAACCGAGAGUGCCAAACAAUCACUCCAAGAAUCUCAAGAUCGAGUGCUCGAGCUAGAGCAGGAACACAAGUAUGCGUUGGACAACAUCGCUCGUUUGGAAGAAAAUAUUCGGCGGCGGGAUGCAGAGGUUUCUACUUACUCGCAGCGAAUUUUAGAACGCGAGGCAGAAAUCGAAGCGUUACAAGAGCAACUCAGUAGGACGAAACGCGAACAUGCGACCGCCCUCGAUGCAGCCUUGUCUGAGAAGACAGUUGAGGCAGAGAAUCAGGCACGUGAUUACCUGGAUCGCAUCAGCGACCUCAAAGGCGAAAUGGAGCGUCUCCGCCGGCAAAUUCACCAGCUGCAACAAGAAAGCGCAGAUAAGGAAGUGAAGAUUGUGCAACUCAACAAGCAGCAUGUCCAAGACAAGGAUGAUAUCCAAGGUUACAAUAUCGCGCUUGAUUCGAAGCAACAAGAGCUAGAGUUGAUCAAACGCAAACUUGGUGUUCGCGGUACCGCUGGAUCGACUCCGGUGCAACCAUCCAAAGUUGGCCAUCAACGGCGUGACUCUACGAUCUUUUCGACCCCUAGCCUUGGCUCACGACCACCCUCUGUCAUUUCAGAGGCAGGAUCCGAUGGAGGCAGCGCCGGUCCUGGGAAAAUGCCUGCGCUUGGGAAGAGUACACGCUUGAAUACAUCCACAACAAAGUCUGCAACCACUCGGGUUGUUGGCUCUAUGGGCCCACCGCCUGCCCCUAUAUCCAAACCCCGUGCUUCUCUCGGCACUCCGACCCCCAACACGUUAUCGCGUUCCACUUCUGCGCGACCUUCUUCGUCAGCAGCAACCCCCUUGGUUCAUCGGCGUGUUGCGUCUGCUACGCUUGAUAAUGCUACAUCUCGUGCUGUCAAGUCGCGACAAACUGUCAAUGCGAGUCCUGCUCCUGGCGAGAAGGAGAACAUGAAAUCCGACUCUUCUCGUCCAGCCUCCCGUACACUGGCGCGGGUCGCCGUUCCAUCAUAA